GUCCUUCUCAAGCAGCAGAUAGCCGAGCUUGCCGACAGACGUCACCGGCCCGUACAUUGUCAGGAUGUCACAAGCGACUCUGGCUCGCAUACAGAAGAUCCAGAGCCAUCUUCAAACGGCUCCGCAGGGAAUCCGCCUCAAGGACAAAGUCUGUAUUCUCACCGGCGUCGGCUCAGAGCGGGGUAUUGGGCGAGCGAGUGCGCUAUUGUUUGCGCACGAGGGAGCGAAGCACUUGUACCUGCUCGACUACGAAGCCGAGCAUCUGCCCAAAACGAAAGCUUACAUCGAAAAGACAUACCCACACGUCAAGGUGACGACCAUUGAAGCGGAUGCAAGCGACGAGGACGUCAUCUCGUCAUUAUGCCAGCGCGCCGUCGAAGAGAAUGGCAGGCUCGACGUCUUCUUUGCCAAUGCAGGCGUGGCGACGGCAAACGUCUUGCCGAAUAUCGACUUUGAUGAAUUUGAGAACACGCUGAAGAUCAAUACCAUUUCAUGCUUCCUUGCGCUCAAGCAUGGAUCAGCAGCAAUGCAAGACAUAAGAGAGGGCAGCGGAAAGACAGAGUCAGGCGGCAGCAUCAUCAUGACCGCUUCGGUGGCCGGCAUAAGAAGCGGUGCGGGGUCUUGCGAUUAUUCGGCGAGCAAAGCGGCCGUCAUCUCGCUUGCCAAAACGGGCGCGAAUCAGCUAGCAGGCACGAAUAUCCGCGUCACUGCCGUCUGUCCGGGUCUGAUCUCGACUGGCAUGACUGCGAUGGUGUUUGAUGCGGCAAAAGAGAGGGGCACCUUGGCCAAAGUGGGCCAAUUGAAUCCCUUGCGACGCUACGGCGUGGCAGAAGAGAUCGCAAGCGCAGUCCUGUUCCUGGCAUCGGAUGAGUCAUCGUAUGUCAAUGGCAUCGAGCUGCCCGUCGACGGCGGUCUGUCGUCCAGUCAUCCGGUUGUACCGGGUAAACUGGCCUAGCGUCAUGC